GCCACCAUGCCCAAGAGAAAGGCUGAAGGGAAUGCUAAGGGAGAUAAAGCCAAGGUGAAGGACGAACCACAGAGAAGAUCCGCGAGGCUGUCUGCUAAACCUGCUCCUCCAAAGCCAGAGCCCAAGCCUAGAAAGGCCCCUGUAAAGAAGGGAAAGAAGGUACCCAAAGGGAAAAAGGGAAAAGCUGAUGUUGGCAAGGAGGGGAAUAACCCUGCAGAAAAUGGAGAUGCCAAAACAGACCAGGCACAGAAAGCUGAAGGUGCUGGAGAUGCCAAGUGCAAUGUGUGCAUUUUUGAUAACUGAGUACUUCUGGUGACUGUACAGUUUGAAAUACUAUUUUUAUCAAGUUUUAUAAAAAUGCAGAAUUUUGUUUUACUUUUUUUUUUUUAAGCUAUGUUGUUAGCACACAGAACACUUCAUGGUUGUUUUUGGGGGAAGGGGCAUAUGUCACUAACAGAAAGUCUCCAAAGCUGGAUUGAUGUGAGGAAAACACCUUUCCCUUCUAGUUUUGAGAGACUUCCUCUUGGCUCCCAGGAGGAGGGAUUCCCUGACUCUGACACACAUGGCCACCUUGGCACAAAAGCUUUGUGGU